GUUUCACAAUUUAAGUCAGCUGGAGGCGUGGUUAGUUUCAUAAGCGUCCAAACUCCAAACUUUACCAUAUUUAGUGCAAUAUGCAUUAGAAAUAUUUAUAAGAAAGGAAAAAAAAAAAGAAGAAGAAGAAAAAAAUAUAUAUAACGCGCUUCACUAAUGCUUGUAUUAUUAAUUUAUUUAAAAGUUUACUAGAAUAAAAAUAUCAUUAAAUAAAUUACAUGAAUUGUUUACCAAGCCGAUUUACAAAAUAAAAAAGAUAAAUGUGAAAUACAGAUUCACGCGAUUUCUCGCGAUUUUUACUGUUAAUGCGCGUGAGCUCAAUAAGCUAAGUCGAGCGUAUCAAUAACGUCAAAACAUAUUCAAAACUUUUAUAUACUCUUAUAUAAGUCACUUUUGUUAUUUUAAACAUAAAAAAAAUCCAGUACGUACUUAUUUAUCUGCGCCAUCUACAGCAGCAUUAUAAUAUCAGGAGAAUGAAUGAAUCGGAGGGGCAAGAGUACAGCUACAGAAGAGAAUUAUCCGAAGGGUCUCUGGUCCCCUUACAACACAGCCAUGAAAGUCCUAGAAAUGAAAAUCUAUUCAGUCAUGGGAUGCAUUCAGGACUGGGAUACUCCAGGACGGAAGAAGCCCUGCAGGAGGAUGACUACACUUACAGGAUUCUUCAUCCACUAACAUGUGAUCCUGUGCCUCAAGUAGCCCACUUUAGCUCAGCGCCCUAUUCUGAAUACUUGCUGCCACCAUCAAGCCAUUAUCAGCAUGCAUUAGGCCAACCGUACAGCUCCAUUAGAAGCCCAUGGCCGUCCCAGGAGGCUUUUCAUUACGGCAUUUCAUCAGGAGAGAUCUGUCGAGCUGUCGCCACUAUCAGCUCUGAUGGUGCAGAUGAUUACAGUAUGGAGGGUUAUUCUGCAAACCAAGGAUUCAUACAUGUAAAUAGAAAUCAGUCACAUACUCUUCUUGUGUCACCACAUGACCAGCACAAGCUGGAUGAGAAGCUUCCAGCUCAGACGUCCAGUAUUUGUCAGAUGUUACAGCCCGUGCAGGUUGUGUGUGACGUGAGCGGUGGAGGGCAGGUCAUCGUGUUGAACCAUUGCGGUCCUGAUCAGAUUCCCCACUCUGUGAUGACUGAUCUUGACACACAGUCUCUGCCUAAGCUGUCAGUCCAGAGCUGCUCUACUGAGGACCAGUUACCUCAUGGAAAAGGAUCAGAUACCGGACAUUCAGAGACAUUCACUGGGCAGCCUCAGACCCACAAGACAUCUGCAGGUGUGACGUUCAACCUCACGCCCGGACCUUAUGCUUCACAGCUUCAUCAGACACUUUGCCCCACUCAGACUGUAGUACAGGAAGAGGAGGGUCAGACUAAAAGAUGUGGACGUGUGAAGUGGGAAAAAUCAAAGCGGCCCUGCAACUGCACAAAAUCUCAGUGUCUGAAACUUUACUGUGAAUGUUUUGCGAACGGAGAGGUCUGCAACAACUGCAAAUGCGUAAACUGCUACAAUAAUACUGAGCAUGACUCAGAGAGAUCCCAGGCUAUAAAGGCCUGUCUGGAGAGGAAUCCAGGGGCUUUUCGGCCUAAGAUUGGCAGUAAGAAACAGGGGAAUGUGAAGGGACGUCACACAAAAGGCUGCAACUGCAAGCGUUCAGGCUGCCUGAAGAACUACUGCGAGUGUUAUGAGGCUAAAAUCAUGUGCACAUCCACCUGUAAGUGUGUGGGCUGCCGAAACUAUGAGGAAAGCCCUUCGAAGAAGAGAUCAGAGCGGGACAGGCCUGACUCCAGCAUCUACUACCCGACCAGGUGUCCUCUGGCGUGCAUCACGCCCGAUGUAGUGGAAGCCACAUGCGGCUGUCUUCUCGCCCAGGCUGAAGAGGCAGAGAAGGAAGGGUACAUUUCAGCUCACGCUGAGAGAAUGAUUUUGGAGGAGUUCGGCCAGUGCCUGACGCAGAUCGUCCGAUCGAUAUUCAAAUCCACCAACGUGCAAUUUAAUGUGUAGCUCGGGAACAAAUCCUCAGUGUUGUGAUUGAUCCAGAUGGGAUGGUUACCAACAAGUGUUUCUGUUUUUGUUUUCUUUAAAUGUUUUAAAAAUUCACAUCCUCAUGACUUUAAUAGCACAUUUUAUUUAUUUAUUUAUAUUUAUUUAUUUAUUUAAAUAUAAAUGCUGUUAUUUAAAUAUAAUACAAAAUGUCAAUUAUUUAUAUGUAUAUUUUUUUCUUUUCUUUUUUAUUUCCAUUCAUUCCCACCAUAUCACAUCCACAUUUUAAUUGAACAUUUUAUUUAUAUUUAUGUAUUUAAAUAUAAUUUUUUUUUACUAUUGUUUAUAUAUUUCAGUAUAUGUGUUUCUAUUAAUUCCCACCACUUUACAUUUUUAUUAUUUUAAUUGAUCAUUUUAUUUAUAUUUAAAUAUAUUAUUUAAACGGGAUUUAAAUGUUAUUAAAAAACCCCACCAUUUUUUAUUUGUAGUUUGUUGAGAAUAUCUUAAAUCAUCUAAAGCCGAAGAAUCUGAGACAACCUUGCUUUUAAAGCAUUUAACGUUUCCAUGUUUUUUUCCAUGUUACUUGUUCUGGAAUGUUUUUUGCUGUUCUGAAAUUUUAUCUCAGUUCUCAUGUCAGGGAAUUUCUGUCAGGUUGUGCAGUCAUUUCCAUGCGUUACAAAUUUAGUGGCAUUUUCAUUUUGUCAUUUGCAGUUGUGUUUAUGUAAUGGAGCUGUCACCGUGUUUAUGCAUCAGUAACUUUUUUUCUGUCUGUUACAUAAACUGAUUGACAUCUUGA